CCUCACUAGCUGACCAGCUGCGUUCGUACAGCUGGGGCAAGAUACACACCAUUUUUUGACCUACGAGCCAGAGAUCCCAUCAUCGACGUUUUGGAGCUUGAUAGCAUGGAGCGAUUGGACCUAGUAGUUAUCGGCGCAGGAUGGUACGGAUUAGCGGCUGCCAAGCAGUACCGCUGUUUCCACCCAGGCGGGGCCGUUGCCGUCAUUGACUCGGGCUCGUCAAUUGGCGGUGUCUGGGCCAAAGAGCUGUUGUAUCCAGGCCUCAAAAGCAAUAACCUGAUCGGCUCGUUCCAGUAUCCCGACUUCCCCAUGGACGAAGCGACAUUCGGAGUGAAACCCCGGCACCAUAUCCCCGGCAUUGUCGUGAACCGGUACCUCAACGCAUACGCGGAAAAGUUUGACCUCGUGGAUAUCAUUCGAUUACGGUCGAAAGUCGAGUCGGCCGAGCAUCAAUCCGAUGGCGGCUGGAUCCUCUAUGUUCGCCGUUUAGAAGACCAAGAUUCCAGUGCUGGUUCCAAAGUGUUCACGAGGCGUCUCGUGCUUGCAACAGGCUUGGUAUCGCAGCCAUUCAAGCCUCAUAUUCGAGGCCAAGAAGAAUUCGGUCACCCUCUGUUCCACUCAAAGGAGUUCGCUAAUCACACCGACACCUUUGAAAGUGGAAAGAAGGUGACCAUUUUUGGUGGCACAAAAUUUGCCUGGGAUGCCGUCUACGCCUAUGCCAUGAAAGGGAUCAAGGUUGAUUGGAUCAUCAGACCGACCGGCCAUGGCCCUUGUUGGAUGUCGCCUCCAUUCGUCACCCCAUUCAAAAUCUGGAUCGAGUACUUAGUCAAUAUUCGCCUUGUUCAUUGGUUUGCUCCGUGCAUCUGGGGCCAGGACAGCGGCUUUCUAGGUAUCAAAAGAUUCUGGCACGGAACAGCCAUUGGGAGGAAAAUUGUGGACCUUUUUUGGAAUGUGAUCUCGUCCGACGUAAUUGGACUCAUGGGAUUCAAUGAGAAUCCCGAGUUCAAGAAACUGGAACCAACCUCAGAGGCCAUGUACGAUGGCUGCAGCUUCAGCAUUCUCAAUUACGACACGGAUUUCUUCCAGCCGAUUCGGGACGGCACGGUGAAGAUCCAUAGUGCCGACCUAUCGCACCUAAGUUCGGGCCAGGUUCACCUCGAUGACGCGAGUCAAACGGUGCUCGACACUGAUGCAAUGCUCUUCGUCACAGGAUGGAAGAAUAUUCCCGCGCUCAAAUUUCUCCCCGAAGGAAUAGACAGGAAGAUUGGCAUGACACACCAUUCUCUGCCUCUCGACAGAGAUUCAGACCCAGAUGAUGGUCUGGCCGAGCAGGCAGACCUCCUGGCAAAAGCCGACGCCGAGAUCCUUGCGCGAUUCCCCCGGUUGAAGAUUCCGCCAAAUUUCAAUCCAGAUUACAAGCCCCUCACUCAGACCAAAGCCUUUUCAAUCGCCCCCGAGGACAAGACCGCUCCUGUUUUGCCCGAGACCCCAAUGAUGCUCUAUCAUUUAAUGGUCCCUGGCACCUCAGAGCUCCUGAAAGCCAAAGACAUUGCAGUUGCCGGCUCGUGCAUGAACUUCAGCAAUCCGAUUACCGCCCAUAUUCAGGGCCUCUGGAUCAGUGCCUAUUUUGAAGGCAAACUUCGACGCGACCCGAGCAGCGCUGUACUUCCACGCAACCAGGAUUCGUUGAGUGAGGCUAUGACGCUCGAUCAGGUCCACUACGAGACCGUGUUGCAUAACCGGUUCGGUAGGUGGAGAUAUCCAAAUGAUCCCGGUAGUAAGCAUGGUGACUUUAUCUUUGAGGCCGUUCCUUAUAUGGACAUGAUGAUGGCCGACCUGGGACUGAAGGUGCACCGCAAGAGUGGCUGGCUUAGGGAGAUCAUUGAGCCGUAUGUUCCGGAGGAUUAUGCUGACAUCAAUGACGAAUGGCACCUAAAGUAUGGGAAGACCGACUGAGAUCUAGCACGGAGCUUCCGCGAUUAUAACAGAAAGAAUCACUGCUGGCAACAUAGAAUCUAGCCCCGUAGUAGUAGGAGAUAAUUAUAUGGCUAAGUCUAUAUGUAUAUUGGAGGAGUUUCAACAUGUACGUUGGGUUAUAGGGAACGUGGAUCCGCAUCGGCUCAAGGCAUCUGAUUUAAACCACACAUUAUGUUUUAGCCACUCAUCUUUAAUUUAAAUGUAAACAAG